UGGCGGAAGCAUAAUUCCCCAACCAGGGGAAUGUGAUGCGUCUUAGUAUAGAGGUGACCAUUGUGUACACACCGGUCUUACUGACCUGUGUACUAACGCGAAAGGAAUUGUGGGUGGAAUUUCUUUUACGAGUGAAAAGUGAAAGCGAAAGCAGGUUAGUCUGCGUCUCUGGUGCCGUCGGCCAGAUGACGACAAGAACCGUGGUAACCAGGAAGUUCAGGUACGAGACGGCGUGCUGGGAUCAGCUUUAUGGAUCACCAGUUUCCGGAUGGGAUUAUUACAAGAUAACAAGCAAAGAGAAAUGCCAGAUGAAAUGCGUAGACGCUGGGCCCACGUGCGUGGCGUUCUUGUGGCGCCAGACGGCGUCCUGGUGUCGUCUGAACCAAGUUAAGUUCGCGAACAGAACGCUGGACUGCGCUAACUGGGACCACGUGGUGUACGCGGAGGAGACGACCGAAGACACGCUGCACUUUGCGAAACCUUUAUUAUUAUACAUUGUCUGCAUCGGCGCCUGUACCAACGCGGUAACCAAGCCUGAUGGGACGUCGUGGCGUCUGUGUGACGGUGGCGGGGCUGGGGUGUGUCACCCCAAAAUGGGGCGCAUCGAGGUCAACAUCGGGGGUACAUGGGGAACGGUGUGUGACGAUAGCUGGGGCAACUACGACUAUGGUAACGGAUAUGGGUAUCAAAUGACCCUUAAUCUGGACGUAACUUGCAGAAUGUUUGGUUACAGCGGAAGUACCGGGGUGACCAGGGACAUGGCAUAUUUCGGGAUGGGCGCUGGUCCAAUACUGAUGGAUGACGUCCUCUGCGCGGGCUCCGAGAUUACAUUGACCCAGUGUAGCUACACCAGUUUACACAACUGCGUUCACGAAGAGGAUCAGGGUGUGGAAUGCCUUUAAUUGAAACAUUUCCUCCCUCAUGUUGGCAAUUCUUUGUUAUCGGACAUGUUUAACCGAAGUUUGGUGUAAAUGUUAAAGCAUU